AUGGCCAGCACACAUGGACUUUCGACCCGCCUUCACGCCAUGGAGGCACGUUUGGACUGCGUGACUGACAAGGUCGAACAGAGCAACGUCCGCAUGGAUCAGAUGGGCGCUGCGCUCCACCGAGCUGUCGCCGUCAACCACGCCAUGCUCGACAUGAUGUACCAGCUGCAACCCCUCGCAAAUUUCUUGUCACCACUGAGCAAUGAGCUCAAUCCACGCGACAGCUGUGCGGAAGAUAGUGGUCUCGGAGAUGUGGAGUCCAGCGUUACCGAAGAARUGGAACUUUACGACACUUGCUCAACGUCUUCCCGACCAGCACCACUGAGACGUCGCCGCGGUCGGUCCAAUCUGAAGCGUCUUGCAGAUCCCACCCCAAGCUUGAAGACUGCAGAGAAGGGGAAGGCAAUGGAGAUGACGGAGGUUCCUCGGGGUGAGCCUCGCACCGGACUCAUCACAAUUUGCAUGAUGCAAGACGCGCCCCGUCAGAAGUGA